AUGGGGGAAGAAGCAAGCAGACAACAACGGGCAUGGCACAUAGACAUGAGGUUAACAACAAAUCUUUCUCUGGACAUAAAUAAAGACCCGACAGAUCUGUCUGAAAACAACGGUGGUGAAACAUCGGACUUCGAAGACGAGACAGCUGUUGAGCUGAAUCUUGGUCUCUCUUUAGGUGGUCGCUUCGGAGUAGACAAGAAUCCAAGAAAGCUUAAACGUUCUUCUUCCGUUUUGGGAACUCUACCGUUUGUAACCGAGCCGGAGAAUUACACUGUCGGUUUAGCGAGAACGACGUCGUUGCCUACGGAGGUGGAAGAGGAAUGGAGGAAAAGGAAAGAGAUGCAGUCGGUAAGGAGAAUGGAAGCUAAGAAGAGAAGAUGCGAGAAACAGAGUUUCAGAGAUGAGCAAACGUCGUCGUUUGAGAGUAGUAAAAGUGGGUUUCUACAAAGGCAUUUGGUUUCUUGCAUUGAUUCCGACGGUAGAAAAGGAGGAGGAGGUAGCUCUUCUAGCUUGUCGGAGCUGGACAACAACAAGAACCAACAAGGUUCAUCAAAUAGUUGUGGAGCGGAAACAAGUCCAAAGAUCAUGACAAGAUGUUCAUCUAAUAACAGCGAAACUCACGGAACAGAGAAACCUAAAGCCUACGAGAAGGUGAAUGAGAAAGGCAAAGGGACGGAUACGUCUACAGGUUUGUUUGACAUGCCGUGUGUGUUCACAAAAGGAGACGGACCAAACGGGAGACGUGUCGAUGGGAUUCUAUACAAGUACGGGAAAGUAGGAGAGGAUGUUCGGAUCAUGUGCAUUUGCCAUGGCAGUUUCUUGACACCUGCUGAGUUUGUUAAACAUGGUGGUGGUGGUGAUGUUGAUCGUCCCCUUAGGCAUAUCGUUGUCAACACUUCUCCUUCAACGUUUUGA